AUGAGUGGACCGAUACAGAGUUUGAAAAAAACCAAAAGGGUGCCUUUAGUGCCAUCAAAUCAGAAAGAAGGCAAUCUAUACUCCCUUCCAAAGCAGGAAGACAAUGAAGAACAGAUAACGAAAAAGAGAAUCGCUCCAUUCCGAAAUACUCAAGUUCAAAGAACAGAUGAGGAACUAUAUGCUCAAGAAAUGAAUAAGAAAUUUAGUGAUUACUUACAGAAGGAAAUAGUUAAUGACAUUCAGCACGAUCGAAGCUCAAGAAAGUCACCUAGAGGCGAUAGUGAAGCAGACGCUGAUCUUAUGUCAGUUAUGCUUAAGCGAUUAACCACAACUGAGAAGCAAUUGGCAUUAGCGAAGCAAGAUGGAGCUGAAAAGGAUAAAAGAAUUAGGCACCUAGAGUUCCAAGUCAAGCAGCUAAAGUUAAAGAAUGCUAGAAAUGAUGACGAAGAAUCUUACAGAGAACUAAAAGCAAAAUGCGUUACAUUACAAAGACAAGUCCAUGAAAUGGAGCGAUUUUUGAAUGAUUAUGGCCUCGUGUGGAUAGGAGAUGACGAAAGCGAAGACGACGAAGACAGUAGUACACAAGAUAAUUCUGAGAAACAAAAUACUGCAUCGACGACUAUGUGGCAACCAGAACAAUCACUUGCAACAGCAACGGCAAUUGAUUUUAAUCUUGUGAUUGAAAAUAUUAAGGAACUAAAUUUAUUGGCAAAUGCGGAUAAUCCUAAGAUUGUCAAGACAACAGGAAGAGCUGUUUUUCAGAUUCCAGACGCAAUUCCUAUCUCGAUUUAUAGCAAUGGUUUCGCUUUAUACGAAGGUCCAUUUAGGUAUUAUGAUGAACCCUAUGCACAGCAAUUUAUUCGCGAUAUUUGUGAUGGUUAUUUUCCAUCAGAAUUACAAUCUAGACAUCCAGACGGCGUACCAUUCCAGAUUUACGAUCAUCGUGAAACAGAAUAUCGAAAUCAGCGAUUAGAUAAUUUUCCUGGUCUUGGAAAUAUUUUGGGCGGAAAGUCGAAUCCACCGGGCAACAUGGUGUCGCGGCGGGAUAAAGUUAAAGUCACUAGCAAAUUAGCUGGAAAACCAGUUACUGUAGAUAAAUUUUUAUCGAAGUUGCCUGAAUCUGUCAUACGCGAUGGAAAAAUUGUUAAUAUUCGAUCAGAUAUUAAGGAAAAUAUUCAGACAAGCGAUUCUACGAAAAGUAAAGUUGUGAUCGUAGAAACUAAACAAGUGAAAGACAUGAAAGUAAAACACGCUGAUGAAUCUGAGAGGCCUGCAACUCCACAUGAUAUUACAACGUUGCGAAUUAAGAAUGAAGACAAUAGCCAAGGCAUUCUGGUGUUUGCGAACACUAGAUUAAGGGAUAUGUAUCUGAAGGCUGUUAAACUUUACCUAUUUAAUUUCACAAUACAGGAUCUAUAUAAAUAUAUAAGUAACCAAAGGUCGUCUUCGGAACCACCGUUUGAGAUUCGUUCUUCCUUUCCCAAGAAGCUAUAUACGGAUAUGGAUGCAACGUUAUAUGAAUCUGGACUAACGCCCAAUGCAACGUUAUUUCUAACAGCGAAUAAAUUGAAGUGA